AUGAACUCGGAAAGGAAAGUUAUUAGUCGGAGGGAGGAUGUGAUGGCGUUUCUCAGUGAGAAUCGGGUGGUCUUGGGGAUUCUGGUCCUGUCAGGAUCCCUUCCUUUAUCCGGAAUCAUCUCAGGAAUCUCCCCGAAAGAGGAACAGCCUCGGUUUCGUCUGAUGAGUUUCCCGUUCGGGCUGGCCCUCGUAUUGCUGGGCUUCCGCCUGGCGAUCUUCGCAUCCCCGACCGAAUUGAUGAUCGGGAUCGGCGACGUCUUCAGCUCCGGCUCCCUCCAGCAAUCCAUCGUGACCCUGCAGAUCUACACCCUCCAAGCCUCCAUAGUUUUCAAUGUGAUAUACGCCGGCUACCGCGGCAGGUGCCUCGCAGACCUCAUCCGACGGUUCCAGGCCGAUGCACCCGCCUCCCUCGGCCGGCGAAGGCACCUGCCCCUUUUAGCGUUCCUCCUCGCUGUCGUCAUCUACAUCACCUCGUACGCGCUGACCUUAACCAAUGUCAGCGUGUCGUGGGCGCUGGUCCGGUUCAACCUUGAGGCCCCGCCUUUCGUGGUGUACGAUAUCGUGUUUUUCGCCUGCUGUCUGCACAUUGGGAGAUGUUUGGAGGAGUUGAUCGGGCAGGUGCUGUCGGCAGCGCCCCAUUCCGGUCUGGUCAAGACACGAUACCUAAAGAUCCGAGCGGACGUGCGGGUGGCAUGUGACAUCUUCGGCCUCCCCCUCGCCAUCAGCCUUCUACAAGCCUUCUUCUUGACCUUCUCGGAGGUCUACCACGUCGUCUCGCUGCUCCGAUCCCACUUGAGGAAUAAGGCAGCUGGGAUUUUCUGCUCCUCUUUCGCCUCAUUUUUCUACGUCCUUCGCUUCCUCCUUCUAAUCAACGCCGCCCAGCACGUCCUGAAUCGGGGAGAGGAUCUCCGGGAAGAGGUGCUGAAAUUGGGAAGCAAAGAACAACGGGAAGGAAUGGAGGAUUGGGACAAACCAGAAGAAUGUGAGAACCGGGAAGAGUGGGAGAAGCAGGAGGUAUGUGAGAAGCAGGAUGCGCGGAAGGAGUGGGAGGCUCUGCGAGACUUCAUCGAUGCCAACCCAUUGAGAUUCCGAUUGUGCAGGGGACUGUUUCUCCUGGAUCGAUCUCUUCUUGUCUCGGUUCUGAACAGUAUGGUGACCUAUAUGGUGAUUUUGGUGCAAUUCGACAAGAUUCCCAAUGAGUAG